AUGCAACUCCAAAGAUCUUUGACAGCUAUAUAUGUUAAUACUAUUAACACUUUUCUUAAAGUUAGAAAACAUUUACUCGAUUUUCAAAUUACUAAGAGCAAGAAUAAAUUUCAUAGCGAAGAUGUUAGUAAUAAAAACAACUUUACGCAAAAAAUCAACAAGUUACAAAUGCCAGUAAGACCCAACUAUAGUGCACCUAAACUACCAAUUGUAUUAUGUCACGGACUAUUUGGAUUCGAUAAACUUGGUCCCGAUGCAAUUCCAUAUUUACAAAUACAUUAUUGGGGAGGUGUCCAAGAAGCUCUUAAAAAGCUUGGUGCUAAAGUUGUCACUACUAAAGUUCCAAGAACUGGUUGUAUUCGUGCUCGUGCACUAGCUUUACAUCGUAUCUUGGAAUCUACUUUACAUGGAUUCGAAUUGAACUUAUUAGCACAUUCAAUGGUUGAAUUUAUGGAAGCAACAUCAGCUCAUAGACCAUCAUUGCAAGGUUCAGUAUUUUGGAUGGCGCCAGAAGUAGUAAAACAAACAGCUUAUACAAGUAAAGUUGAUAUAUGGAGUUUAGGAUGCUUGAUUGUAGAAAUGUUUACCGGGGAUCAUCCAUUUCCUGAAUUUAAUCAAAUGCAAGCAAUGUUUAAGAUUGGUUCAGAAUCAUGUGCUCCUGAAAUUCCUCCUGAUUUGUCUAAUGAUGCGAAAUCAUGA